UAGAAGAAGGAAGGCUGUUGCCGCAGGAGAUACCUUACGGCUUCACAACGCGGUCCGACGAGUGGAGCGGUCUCCUGCCCAGCUCCACGAUCGUGGGUGCUGGGGGGUCGCCAUGGCUAGGCUUGGGUGCCGCCGGUGGCACCGGUGCCACCACCGGAGGCGGAAGUCCCGUCGAACUCGAGGGACAUUGGGGACGGAAGCUCUACGGUGCGAGCGUUGCCCCACCACCCCCGCCGCCUCAUCACCACCCACGCGCUCCUCUCGUUUUCGCGCCUCAGGACAUGAGGCAAAUACUCAAGGAGGAACCUGUGCCACGUGCCUGGCCUCAGCCCGCCAUUGCCGAUAACGGAACGGUUGGCGUCGCAAAGGCGCAUUUCGAGAAACAACCACCGAGCAAUCUGAGAAAGAGUAAUUUCUUUCAUUUCGUCAUAGCACUUUACGAUCGACACGAUCAGCCGAUCGAGAUCGAAAGAACGUCAUUCAUGGGAUUCGUCGAGAAAGAUCAGGAAUCCGAGGGACAAAAGACGAACAAUGGUAUACAAUACAGUUUGCAUCUGCUUUAUUCGAACGGAGUGAGGCAGGUGCAAAACAUCUUCGUCAGGCUUAUCGACUCUGCGACGAAACAGGCGAUCAUGUACGAAGGACAAGACAAGAAUCCUGAGAUGUGCCGUGUCUUACUGACGCACGAGGUAAUGUGCAGUCGGUGUUGCGAUAAGAAGAGUUGCGGUAACAGAAAUGAGACACCGAGCGAUCCAGUGAUCAUCGAUCGAUUCUUCCUCAAGUUCUUUCUCAAGUGCAACCAAAACUGCCUUAAGAAUGCCGGCAAUCCGCGUGACAUGAGACGAUUUCAGGUGAUCAUAUCGACGCAAGUAGGAGUGGAAGGUCCAUGGUUAGCGGUAUCCGAUAACAUGUUUGUCCACAACAAUAGUAAACACGGACGCAGAGCGAAACGAUUGGACCCCAGUGAUCCUGGCGAGUAUAACAGUUUGUAUCAACCCAUACCACUUCAGACACCCUGCAUAAAGGCGAUAUCGCCGAACGAGGGUUGGACGACGGGUGGAUCAACCGUAAUAAUCAUAGGCGAGAACUUUUUCGACGGGCUUCAAGUUGUUUUUGGAUCUAUGCUAGUUUGGAGUGAGAUAAUUACUCCGAACGCGAUCAGGGUACAGACGCCGCAUAGAGAGAUACCGGGUGUUGUCGAAGUAACGCUUUCAUACAAAAGCAAACAAUUUUGUAAGGGGGCACCUGGCCGAUUCGUUUACGUCUCUUUAAACGAGCCAACGAUCGACUAUGGUUUUCAAAGGUUACAAAAAUUAAUUCCACGACAUCCAGGGGAUCCGGAAAAAUUGCCAAAAGAAAUAAUAUUGAAACGAGCAGCCGAUUUAGCGGAAGCAUUGUACAGUAUGCCAAGGAGCGGUAACGCGGGUAUAGCGGGGGCGUCGAGGAGUCCAGGAGCGGGACACCCACCGGCGCCCCCGACUUCGAGUUCGGCGACAGCGUUCAACUCGUAUACAGGACAACUCGCCGUGACGGUGCAAGAGAAUGGUAGUGCUACAAAGUGGACGGACGACGGUAGUUCCGUGACGACAGGAGCCGCGGCAGGUGGCGGAGGGGGCGGUGGGAGCGUAGGGGGCAGUGUAGGUGGUAGCGUCGGGGGUACGGCCGAUGCUUACAGACAAAGCAGCAGCGCCAGUCCGCGAGGGGUUGUAACCGGUGGUGGUUAUUGCGGAAGUUCGGCUAGCACGCCGCACAGCCACAGCACCAACGGCAGCUAUUCCGUUGCGAAUCCAUACACUGGAAGUCCGACUCUUUACACGUCGCCGCACGAACAAUACGGCAUUUUCUAUACGUCCGGGGACGGGAGUGCGUUCGCCCCUGUAGUACGACCACCGACCACCUCAGUCCCACCGCACUGGUCCACACAGCACCACCUCGCUACAGCCGCCCAGUAACCGCUAACCGUCCACCAUCACCACCACCACCAUCACCAUCACAACUACCCUACGCGCUGAGAUUAAAGAGUUAUCAGAGAAACAUGCACGAACGACGAGACUCGAGAAUUGGGCAUGUUGUAGGAUUAGGAGAGGUGGUCGGCUCACCGUUCAACAUGAAUCCAUUUGUGUUGCCAACAUGCAGCCAGGGCUACUCGACCACCGGCAGUCCGCUACUCUCGUCGAACGGCAAAUAGUGUUAUGAGAUGUAAAACUACGAUGGAUGAAGGGGCUGAGGUGCCAUCAUGGGAAGAGGACUUUGCGUGCCGAGAGAUAAGGACGGAUCAAGCGCGAUGUCCCCUUUCCUAUUAACCUCCUCCUAUUUCUAUUUCUAUUUCCUUUCUUCUCUCUUUUUCACUCACCAUCUCUCUCUCUCUCUCUUUCUCUCUCUUUCUUCUCUCUCUCUCUCUCUCUCUCUCUCUCUCUCUCUCUCUCUCUCUGUCUUUCUCCCCUUUUUCUCUUACAAACUAAUUACUUCUCAAGUGGACAAAUAACGAUAAAUCAAUCGCGUACGAUUUCCGUCGUAAGAGUCAAAAGUAUCUCUCGACGGCGCAAAGAAUUAUUCUAUGAUCGAAAAGAUUCUCGAAUUAAUUUUUUUCUUUUCUUCCUUUUUCUUUUCUCUCUCUCUUUUUCUUUUCUACAUUCUUCUUAACUUUAUUUCUUUCUUACGAUCGUGAUAUAAUUAACGACGAAUCAUACAUAUCGUACAACGAGAUAUGGUGUCACAACGAUGGAAUAACAUCGACGUAAUAAAGAUAUAAUUUUAUUUUCAACUUUUUGACUUUAAUAAAAGUUAUUAUCUUAUUUCGAUUUUAUUAGCUCUUUUCGAUUUCUCGUUUUCUUUUUUUCUUUUUUUUCUUUUUUUUCUUCGUUUUUCUUUCUCGUUUUUCCUAUUUAUAUACAACUAUUGUUAUAAUGUUCGCAAAUCAAUGCACGAGGGAUUAAUCGAUUAAAAAAAAAAUUUGUUGCAUUCGAACGUCAUUGAUAUUCAACGAUACACGUAUCUAUGUAUAUCUAUGAAUGCAAAUGUUUUAAUUGAAAUAGAAUUGUGACACCAUUAUAAGGGACAUAUCGCUUAGCGGUUGAGCAAACAGACUCGAUAGUUUUUAGAGAGCAUUUUCGAAUUGAACAAAAUUUUAUCCUCCUAGUCCCCCUUUAUCCAAUUGAUCCUUUUACUCCAUACCCCACUCCCAACCUCACCCACCAUCCUCACCUCAUAUCUUCCCUAUUACGCUCCGAACACCCCAUCCACCCACGCCUACGUUUUAAAAGACUAACCGACUUAUCUCGCCUAGAUAGAAUUGAUAUUUAACAUAUUGUAAUUUGUAAAUUAUCUGUAAAUAUUGUUGCGAUGUACAAAAAGACAAAACUAUUUGCGAUAGCUCGAGCGAGCGAGACGAUUAUUAAAAGUGCGAUAAUAGAGGAAAAGGUUAUAUAGGAUUGUAAAUAUUAUAUCGUAGAGAGAGAAAAAAAAAAGAAACAAUGAAAAAAGAAAAAAAAAAACAAAGAAAAAAAAAAGAAAAAAAAAAAAAAAAGGCCCGUAGCUUAUCCGUAUUAUAAUUGUACUUAACAACGCCAUCCAAUUUUUUAACGAACCUAUCGGCGAUCGAGCGCGAAAUUUGAUUUUCGCGUUUCGCUCUUCGAUCCUCAAACUCGAGCCAACUAAAUAAUUUCUUAUUACGAUCGUCUACGUUUUCUCGCUGUCUAUCACGUCUAAUCGAUUUAUACAAAUUCGAUUGAGGGGAAAGGAAAACAAAAAAAAAAGCAAAAAAACAAAAAAAAAAAAAAGAAAAUGAAAAAAAAACCAAAAGAAAAAAAA